UGGGUGGAGGUGGAGGGUGGUAACCGUACACUUGCUUCAGGUCGUGGCUGGACGGGAUUGUUCUAGAAGGCCUCACAGGCCUCCUAUUCUCGAGGGUUCUCAACGCAAUAUAUCUAACAAUCUGUCUUUCUGUCUACUUCUCAGUCACGUUGUAUUCCUGUCUCAUUGUCUGCUGGUUUAUUAGUCUGUCUGUCUCUCUGUUCGUGGCCUGCAAAGAAUAAGUCUACCUGGUUCUUGCUGCCACUAUUGCCUUCAACAGCCUCUCGGACAGCGUGAGUGGUUGGCGCUGGCCCCAGUUUACAGCCUGGCGACUGUAUAUGACGGCUUGUUAACGCACGACAGGGUCGUCAGGUGAUGAGCAGUCACUAGCUUGUCAAGCAUUUACGUCAACAGCGGCCUCCAGGGUACGAGAGGCUUCCUGGUUCCACGCUUGCUGAUCACUCCACGGCCUCCAAGGAUUCUGCGGAAGGUUAUCAACGGACACAUCUGAGCAAAGGAAUAAAAGGCGAAGGGAACCAAGCUGGGGACAGCCUGUCCACAAAGCGCCAAAAUAUUGUCCAGCCAGUGAGCAAGAACUAUCUUCGUUCUGGCAGCAUGGGAGGCGAUGUGGAGGCUGGGCAGAUCUCGUCCUCAGAGGACGAGAAGCCGAGACCAUGGAAACAGCGCCUGCUGGGUGCGUUGCGCAGCAACCUGCUGGUGCUGCUGCUGAUCGCCGCUCUGGUGCUGGGCAUCGUGUUGGGUGUGCUGCUCCGCAUGCGCGAAGAACCGUACAGCACCCGCGAGCUGAUGUACCUGCGCUUCCCGGGUGAGUUGCUGAUGAACAUGCUCAAGCUGCUCAUCUUGCCACUCAUCGUCGCCAGCCUCAUCUCCGGCCUCACCUCGCUUGACACGCGCGCCUCCGGGCGGAUGGGGGCGCGGGCCGUGGUGUACUACCUCACCACCACCCUCGCCGCUGUCAUCUUGGGCAUCAUCCUCGUCAUCAGCAUCAGCCCCGGGACCCGCGGCGACAAACCGGUCACAGAGGGCGAGUUUAAAGAAGUGGAGCCCGCGGACACCUUCCUAGACCUGCUUAGGCAAAUGUUCCCGGACAAUAUCGUGGAAGCCUGUUUCAGCAAAAAACUAACGACACUUGUUGCUGAGGACAACACACCCGACACAUCCAGCACAACGACACCGUCAGCAGACAACAUCACCUUCGUCACCACGACUGUCUCGAGCUUCGUCACCACAAACAGCUCUCUGAACGUCACCAACGCUACAUCACCAGAUGACAAGGCCCCCCUGGUGCCGACCUUGCAGGAUGUGAAGGGCAUCAACAUGCUGGGGCUCGUCGUCUUCUCCAUCGCCCUGGGGCUCGCCAUCAAUCACGUGGGGGAGACAGGCAAACCACUCAAGCAACUUUUCGACGCCCUGUCUGAAGCUACUCUAGCUCUCGUCCAUGUGGUCAUAUGGUACUCCCCCGUGGGCGUGCUGUUCCUGGUGAUGGAGGAGGUCGUCUCCAUGAGCGACCCGAAGCAGACGUUCGAGCAGCUGUCGUUCUACUUCCUGACUGUCAUGGUGGGACUGGCAAUCCACUGUUUCUUCACCCUCCCGCUCGUCUUUAUCCUCAUCGUCCGCCGCAACCCUUACCGCUUCAUGUACGGCAUGCUGCAGGCCAUCGUCACGGCGCUGGGCACCUCCUCCAGUUCCGCAACAUUGCCGGUGACGAUGCGCAACUUAGAGGAGAAUAACGGCGUGGACCCCCGCAUAACGGGCUUCGUGGCGCCAGUGGGAGCCACCAUCAACAUGGACGGCACAGCCCUGUACGAGGCCGUGGCUGUGGUCUUCAUUGGCCAGGUAGAAGGCUACGACCUGGACAUCGGCAAGAUCAUCACCAUCUGUCUGACUUCAACAGCCGCAGCCAUCGGGGCGGCCGGCGUGCCUCAGGCUGGUCUAGUCACCAUGGUGAUUGUUCUAACAUCAGUAGGAUUUCCGGCUGAUAAGGUGGGACUGAUUCUGGCCAUCGACUGGCUCCUGGACCGGUUCCGGACGGCGGUCAACGUGCUGGGGGACGCGUACGGCGCGGGCAUCGUGCAUCACCUGUCGCGUCACGACCUGCGGCGCAUGGACGAGGAGGACCGCACUGCCCAGGCUCAGCAGGACAAGCAGGCCAAAAGUCACGAGGGCAACGACCACCAGGCUACCGGGGUGUGCAAGGACACGUCGACCCAGAACUCAGACUCCAAGCCAGCCCAGGAUCUGAAGGACAAGCCAGCCCAGGAUCUGAAGGACAAGCCAGCCCAGGAUCUGAAGGACAAGCCAGCCCAGGAUCUGAAGGACAAGCCGGCACAGACUCAAGAGGACAAGGAAGACCAGGCUGUUGGGACCCUACAGGACAAAUCGGCCCAGAACCAAGACGACAAAGAAACAAAGCUCAAUGGAGUCCCGCAGGACAGUUUUAUUGUCACAAUAUUUUAAUGUCAUUGAUGAAAAGCUCUGACAGUGAAGGUGGAGAUUGUCAAAAAUUUCUGCCCCUCGAAACAUUUGUCUGAAAAUUUCCUUUUCUAAGGAAACCAGUGGAAGUUGCUGAAGCAGCACUGUUUCCCUUCCCCAAACCCAGUUGGUGUUCGAAGUUUUGCUGUGCGAUUGUUUCACAGACUUCCCGAGCAUGCGCGAGGCUGACUGUCCUCACAGCCGUGUAAAACACUUCGCGAACUAUGUGUGCGAUAGUCAGAGAAGGUUAUUCCAGAUCUUCUUCAUCAACUUCAUGUGCACUUUCUUCGCAGUUUCUUUCUGAAAGAAAUCUAAAGUUUGAGAAAAACAGUUCAUGUUUAGUGAACACAAAUGAAAACAAAAACAAGGUGGGGAUUCCUAGUACAGUGGAACUGCCAACCUGAGUUUUAGUUACAAUAUGUUGUGGUCUUUAUUGUGGCUCGCAUAUCAUUAAAACAGACGACGCUGAAAACAUUCCAAUCAAGUUUUUUGGUUUUUAAUUCAUUUUUUUUUCUAUUUCAAGACGAAUACCGAAUCAACCUUUGUGAAGAAAGAGAGCAUAAAGACGAAAUAGAUUGAAUAUUACCCUAGCAUGCGGCUAAUGUAGGAGGUGACCUGGUGUACUGGAGGUCUUCUAAGAUCAUCAGCGAGUCACCACUCUCCACGAGUGACCCGGAUGUCGUUAUGUCCGUGGGGUCGUGUGAGGGCACUGACAGAAGGAAGAGAAGAGAUUUAAAGCACAGAAAGAGAGGAGGGAGAACAAGGAUAGAACUGGGAACCGGGCAGGGGUGGGUGGGCACGUGUUAAAUAAAACUGAGAAGGGACUUUCAACCAACAUAACCCCAGGGUCAGCACUGUGGGAGAACCGUUAUUAAUAUUUGGGUGUGUGUUCAUCUGUACACAGGGGGUGUCCCCACCACACAAGGUGAAGGCUGCAAAAUGUGGGUCGUGAAAUUUAAGGUCUCCACCCACAGAGAGCUGUCAUUCAGAAAGCGGGUUCCGAGUAAUUCAACUCAGUAAGCAGAGUAUUUACUAACACAUCGCCAUGAAUGUACAGAUGACGAUGAUUGACAGGUCACAGACAGCUCCUCUUGAUGACAUCCGUCUCGGGUGGAUUUUUCCUGAGAUGGCGGCUACUUCCAGCACGGCGAUGCUGCUAGCCUGUCCUUGUUCUACA